AUGCACUAACCCUAUCACUUCCAACAACAUCAUUCAAAAAUGAAUGACUUCAGGGGGGGGAGUAGUGUAAGGGCAGGUCCGAGGUGCCCAACCUCGGACGUAGUCCCGAUUAUUGCUGACUUAAGCAUCGGAGUGUCUACCCCGAGGAUCCACCUCGGGGCUUUGCAGGUAGCCCCGAUUAUUGCUGACUUAAGCAUCGGAGUGUCUACCCCGAGGAUCCACCUCGGGGCUUUACAGGUCCCUAGCAACCUUCCGCCUCAUCCCCCACCCCCAAUCCCAAAUGCGUUCCCUCCUGUUGAUCAUGUAGAAGGAGAAGAUGAAAAUCAGCCACACAAUUCGGCUAGCAACUCAGCCUCUACUGCUAACCAAGACGUAGUUGCAACUCAGCUCGUUGCCAUGCAACAGCAGUUUGGUGUUUUUCAGCUAGUGCUGGCUCAGCUAUUAGCCCGGAAUAAUCCUGGUGAUCCACUCAUCAACCUACUCAAUCCUGCUCCGCAGCCCCCAGCCCCACCACAAAACCCCGAACCAGUUCAGCAUGAUCCUGCUGAUAGUGAAUCUCAGGGCCAAUCUCACAUCGCACCAGUUCAGCAACCCCCUCAUGAUGAUGUCACUCGACGUCUAGAUAGCCUAAAAAAGCUAGUGGUUGAACAACGAGGUGUCCCACCUUCACACCCUGCUGCUGACUCCGUACCCCACCCUCUCAACACCAGUAUUAUAGUGGAACCCUAUCCCGCUGGCUUCAGAAUACCACAGCUUGAAACUUAUGAUGGGACGAAGGACCCCGAUGAUCAUCUACAUGCUUUCUACUUUUGUAUGCAGGUUCAGAACGCCUCUGAUGCGUUGAUGUGCAAAAUCUUUCCCUCUACCCUCCGAGGUAAUGCUCGAACCUGGUAUUACAGUCUACCUCCGAGGUCAAUCAACUCUUACACAGAACUGACAUCCGCUUUUGCCACAAAGUUUUUCAGUAGAAGGUUGAUCAGGAAAACCACUUCUAAGCUGAUGCGAGUUAAGCAGAGGGACGGAGAGUCUUUGAAGAAUUUUAUGAGCAGAUUCAAUGAUGCAGUGCUGGAGGUUAACUCUUUCGACCAAGUUGUGGGAAUUACAGCUGUGAUCUCAGGUCUUAGCCAUGAAAGAUUCAGAGAUAGUCUGCUCAAACAUCCUGCCAACACCUUCAGCGAGGUAAAUGAUAGAUCGUUGAAAUUCAUAACUGUUGAGGAAUAUGCCCUGUUGCAGAACAUAACUCCUAUUAAGAAUCAACACCCGGACUGGAGAGAUGAGAAUCCGAACAGGAAACGGAUGAAGACAACACAGAACCGAGGUCCGAUGUCGACUUCCACCCUAAGAUUCGGAAAGCCGAACUCCGCAUCUCCGCAACAACCUGCAGGUAAACCUCAAGUCAAUUGGACUCCUUUUAAUUUACCGAUGUCACAAAUCUUUAUGCAGAUUAAGAAUAAGAUGGACUUAAGGCGUCCGGGUCCAAUGAGAACUGCUGCUGUUACCAGAGACCAUACCAGGUAUUGUGAUUUUCAUCAAGAUCACGGCCAUACAACAGAACAAUGCAAUAGUCUGAGGUCCGAGCUGGAAAGUCUGGCGCAGAAAGGAAUGUUGAACGAGUACAUUCAGAGAGUUGAACAACCACGGUUUGUCAAGGAACAAGGGACACAGCAUCAAGGAGUCCGCAAUCCCCCAAACAGGCAAGGUGUGGGAUAUCAGCAGGCCCCACCCCCACUCCCACCACCAGCUAGAGUCAUACACAUGAUUACGGGAGGUCUGGAAGCUGGUGGACUAAGCUCUAAGCAGCGAAAGUUGUAUGUCAGAGAGGUUAAGCACCAAAACAGAGCUUAGAAGCGAAAAUUUAACGAUGCUGAGUGGAAGAAUCAACCCAUCACUUUCAC